CAAGGCUGCAUUUAUAUAAAGACAGGAAUAUGCACUGGGAAUCCUUGUUUAGAAAGCGAAAAGACUGGAGAAUUUUGAGAGACACAUCAUGAGGGUCCUAAUUUUUCUCCUCACAGUGUGCAUUUUCUCAUGCUCUGGGUUUCCAGCCUAUGACUAUGAACUCCCUGUCGUGGAAGAGGCUCUCAAUGCUUCCAUUGCACGGAUCAAUUCCCAGUCCUGGGGGAGGAACCUGUAUGGUGUUGUCAGGAGCCACGUCACAGGAGUUGACAUGUGGAACAGUGAUGCCUACAGACUAGAGCUGCAGUUCAGCAUCCGUGAGACCAUGUGCUUGAAGGCUUCAGGGAGAGAUCCCUUCACCUGUGACUUCAAAACUGGGCCUUAUGUGCCAACUGCUUCCUGCAGGAGUGUUGUGGAAGUCUCUGAUGAGCAGAUUUCCAGUGUCAUCGUGCGGUGCCACCGUGGCACCUUCAGCUCUGAGUCGCUGAGCAGCGAGGAGAUGAUGUAUGUGCCGAAAAUGACCCCCGGCCGGGGAGGCAGCGCUCGCAGGGAAGAGGAUGUCUUUGCUCCUGAAGCCUCACCUUCGAGGGGAAGAGGUGGCAGCCAUGGGGAUUGGCACAGACUCAGCUCUGACAAGAUGGAAUAAUCUGGUUUGGGACAGAUAACUGGCUGCUGCAAAAAUUACUCAGGGGGAAGCCUGACCUGUGGCUUUUAUCUGGAAUCUCCCCAGCAAUGCUUCAUGGCCUUGAACAGGAAAAUAAAGCAGCAAGUUGCCUUUGCAAUAUGCACGUAUAUGGUGAAUGCUGAUAGUCUCUUACUCAUUAAUCACACGAGGAAAGCAUUUUUUAGCAGAAAAUCAAAUCCCUCCAGCAUCAAGGCUGUGAUUUCCUCCUCGAGUUUUCUCUAUUUUCCUUACAAUUACUCUCUCUUACCUGGCACACCUUGCUGCUGGCAGGAAUAUGGUGGUUAUUAGCAGCUGAUUAACAGCCUUGCAGAUGCCAGAAGAGUGGCACCCUUGAAUAUUAGGGUUUGGUUGUGGGUUUUUUUCAAUGGAAAAGUAACUGGCAGCAUUGGGCCUCUUUUCAUACCAAGAAAUCCAGGAUCUGACCUUCAGAGUGAAAUGGAUGCUUGUUUAUCUGUCUUCUAUUGAUAUAAUACCAGAGCAGGGUGCAAAGCCCUCCUGGGGCACGGGAAAAUGAGCUUUAAUCCCCUGUGUCCUCAUUAAGGAGCAGCUUGAUUUUAGUUGUGCUUUCAUAUCCCUGUGUCUCUGGUUUUUUUUCCUCUCUCAUUCACCCACCCACCUUCUACAGUUCUCAAAAAGCAGCUUAUUGCUUUCUGGGGAAAGA